AUGGCUCGAGGCUCGCGGACCACAAAGGAAUCGACAGUUGCGAACGGUCUCGAGAUGAACCGGUCUCCGACGUUUCUUCUUCUGAUCGCUGUGUUCGUUCUCGGAUUAGGGGUUCACGGGACGAACGCCGGGAGUGGCAGCCUCGCGUACAGCAGCGCUUCCGCGAAUGCAUACGCAGGUGCGUCCGCAUUCAGUGGCGCCAACACAUUCGCCGGGCAAUAUUCUGGAGGUGAAACGGGCCACGAUGGACACAAGGGGAUUCGUAGCUACGACAACACUGGAUACGUGAACGACAAUCGUGGAGAGGGUGCACACGACGAUUCCUCUGGUCAUCCUGGAACAGGAAACAAAGGUGAUCAGGGGAACGGCUGUUCGAAAUGCAAGUGGGAGGACGACGACUAUUGGGAGAGAGAGGAGGAUGAAACGGAGCCGGAAGAGGAGAACGAGGAUGACUGCGAUGACGGGGACGAUGGACAAUACAGACCUGAGCACGCACAAGGACAUCGUCAUCAUGGUCAUGGAAGCAAAUCCGGCACUCCAGCGGGAGUCCAGAAAUUGGGUGCACCUGGUUCAGGACAAGUACCAAAAACGGGAUUCGGAAACGUUAAUGGUGGGGAUAAAACACCAGGGAUAGGUGGUUACGGAUCUAAUCAACAUCCUAAUCAGCAGCCUGGUUCAGGGUGGAAUAGCGGUGUCGGCACCACUCCCAAGCCCCUGUGGAAUCAAGGAAAAGGUGGUUCCGCGCCAGGAUCAUUCGGAGCUGGACCACAGCCAGGCAAUCAGCCAGGCGCAGGCUGGCAAAAUAGGCCUGCAACAGGUUCCGGAUGUUCUGGCAAUAAUCAGCCUGGUUCGAGCUGCGGUCAAGGUCCCAGCGGCGUUGGCCCCGUGAAACAGGCACCGGUACCGUUUGGCAUUCCGAAGCAACCAGGACCUGUUGGUUAUUCGACGAGUCCUACAGGAGGGUACAAUCCACUGGGAUCGCCGAGUGGAUGUUCGCCUGGUCCCUAUGGUAACUGCGGGACUAAACCCAACGAGCAAUCCGGACCUCAUGGCAUUCCUAUCAGUCCUUCGUAUGGACCAAUUGCUGGAGAUACAGGAAAGGGUUCGCCUCCAAGUAAUCCCGGUUACGAACCACACGGGAUUGCUCCUGGAAGUCCUGGAAAUCCCGGAGGUCCAGCAGGUGCUAAUAGUCCAGGGAACGUCGGCGAUUCCAGAUAUCCGGGGACUCCUGGAAGUUUCGGCGCUCCAGGAAAUCCAAGUAGCCCAGGAUAUUCUGAACGUCCCGGAGGUUCUGGAAUUCCUGGAAGCACAGGACAGACGGGAUAUCCUCAAACCGGUGCAUUAUCGGGUGCUUGGACGAAUGCCGCAGCUACAGGGUAUAGUGGAGUAGGAGGACCUGUAAGUGGACCAAGUAGUGAAGCACCAGGAAGUGGACCAAAUAGUGGAGCACCUGGAAGUGGAUCAAAUAGUGGAGCACUAGGAAGCGGAACUCCUCGGCCACCAAUCUCGCCCAACGUUCCGUCCAGCCCGUUCAGACCUCCAGGAACCCCGACUUUUCCGAACGAAAGCAGCCCUCACGGAGGGCAGAAGCCAGAUUAUGGAACAGAAAGUGCAACUCCUAAUAGUUACGAUGGAGUGAAAGGAGGUCCUUCUGGACCUGGUUCUACUCCGAAACCUUACGGAAACAAUCCAUACCUUGGUGGUAGCAAGCCGUAUCCAGAAAGUGGACCACACGGGUCAGGUUCUUCUGAACCUGGAACUACCCCGAAAACUCACGAAGACAAUCCGUAUCUUGGCGGUAGGAAACCACACCCAGGGAGUGGACCACACGGCCCAGGUUCGACUCCAGGCAAGCCAAAUUCUAAUGCCGGAAGCAACAAACCUGGUCCCAACCGUCCUAAACCUCACGGCGGGGACAGCCAGAUCUUUUAUAUAAACGUGAAUCCAGCUCCAGGAAGUCCAGUUGGAGUCAAACCUCAUGGUACUAAUAAAGCGCCCCAUGGGAAUACAGCAACAACCAAGCCUGCGCCUAGUUAUGGUCCCUCUGAAACAUCGAAACCCUCACAUCAAUCGUAUCCUCUUGACCGACCGUCAACCACGGAAAAACCUUCUUACCAACUUGAUCCUUAUAAUGGACAAGGACUCACGAAGAAUCCUUAUCAACCAGGUCCGUAUGGAGGUAGUGACACUACAAAACCUGCUUACCAACCUGAUCCUUAUAAUGGACAAGGACUCACGAAGAAUCCUUAUCAACCAGGUCCGUAUGGAGGUAGUGACACUACAAAACCUGCUUACCAACCUGGUUCUUAUAACGGACAAGAACCCACGAAGAAUCCUUAUCAACCAGGUCCGUAUAGAGAUACAGCCACUACAAAACCUGCUUAUCAACCUGAUCCUUAUAAUGGACAAGGUCCCACGAAGAAUCCUUAUCAACCAGGUCCGUAUGGAGAUACAGCCACUACAAAACCUGCUUAUCAACCUGAUCCUUAUAAUGGACAAGGUCCCACGAAGAAUCCUUAUCAACCAGGUCCGUAUGGAGAUACAGCCACUACAAAACCUGCUUAUCAACCUGAUCCUUAUAAUGGACAAGGUCCCACGAAGAAUCCUUAUCAACCAGGUCCGUAUGGAGAUACAGCCACUACAAAACCUGCUUAUCAACCUGAUCCUUAUAAUGGACAAGGUCCCACGAAGAAUCCUUAUCAACCAGGUCCGUAUGGAGAUACAGCCACUACAAAACCUGCUUAUCAACCUGAUCCUUAUAAUGGACAAGGUCCCACGAAGAAUCCUUAUCAACCAGGUCCGUAUGGAGAUACAGCCACUACAAAACCUGCUUAUCAACCUGAUCCUUAUAAUGGACAAGGUCCCACGAAGAAUCCUUAUCAACCAGGUCCGUAUAGAGAUACAGCCACUACAAAACCUGCUUACCAACCUGAUCCUUAUAAUGGACAAAGACCCACGAAGAAUCCUUAUCAACCAGGUCCGUAUGGAGAUACAGCCACUACAAAACCUGCUUAUCAACCUGAUCCUUAUAAUGGACAAGGACCCACGAAGAAUCCUUAUCAACCAGGUCCGUAUGGAGGUAGUGACACUACAAAACCUGCUUACCAACCUGGUCCUUAUAACGGACAAAAACCCACGAAGAAUCCUUAUCAACCAGGUCCGUAUGGAGAUACAGCCACUACAAAACCUGCUUAUCAACCUGAUCCUUAUAAUGGACAAGAACCCACGAAGAAUCCUUAUCAACCAGGUCCGUAUGGAGGUACAGCAACUACAAAGCCUGCUUACCAAUCUGGACCAUAUGGAAAUCCUACCACAGCGAAGCCUAUUUAUCAACCUCAAUCUUACGAAGAUGCUGGAGUCACGAAGCCGACCUAUAACCCAGUACCGCAUGCUGGAGCAGGAACAACUAAGGCCCCCUAUCCAAGCGGACCUCACGGAGCACCCUCUGGAAGUUAUAACUCUGGCUGGCCUGGUCCAGGAACGGGCUAUCCUGAAAAUCAGAGUCCGUCACUUGGGCAACCCGGGAGUGGAAUAGGUCUUUGUAUUCCUGGUACACCAGGAUGCGGAACCGGAAAUGGAUGUGGUGGACCCGGUCAGAGUGGAUCCUCAGGUUACAAACCUUGCGGUCAACCGGGUCUUCCCAACGUCGAUAAAGUUCCUGGACCAAUAGGAGGCGUGAGUCCGAUUGACGCCUCUCAAGGGCCCCAAGGAUCUUUUCCUAAUGGAAACGGAGCUGGUCCGACAUUGAACGGAGCUGCUCCUGGUAGCGGAAACGGAAAUGGAUGUGGUGGACCCGGUCAGAGUGGAUCCCCAGGUUACAAACCUUGCAGUCAACCGGGUCUUCCCAACGUCGAUAAAGUUCCUGGACCAAUAGGAGGCGUGCGUCCGAUUGACGCCUCGCAAGGGCCACAAGGAUCUUUUCCUAGUGGAAACGGAGCUGGUCCGUCAUUGAACGGAGCUGCUCCUGGUAGAGGAAACAGCGGAACAGGGUGCUUGUACGGCAGGUGUCUGUCUGGAAGUCUUCCGACUCCAACGUUCGUCGACAAAACUGUGGCUGGAUCUUACGCGUGGAAUCCUUCCUUGAAUGGACAAGCGCCUGCCCCUGUUGGAGGCCAUUCGACAGUUACCGACAAGCCAACUGGCAUUGGAAAUCCCUUUAUCGGCGGAGCACAAGUACCAGCAGUGGUUGCGGGCGCAACGGCAGUAUCAGGUGCAGGAACUUGGCUAGGUGGCAAUACUGGAAGUGGUUUCCCUUCGGCUAGCAGCAAUCAUGGCGUUCCUCCUGGAGCUGAUGCGACGAAGCCGAUUGGCAAUAAUAAUCCUUUCUUUGGAACAGGUGGUUCCGUUGGCCAGUCACCUGAAACACACGGUAUUCAUGGUCAGAGCCCAGUUGGUAACCAUCCUACAGGAAUCGACUCACCAAUUGGAGGGUUAAAACCCCCAGGUGUCUACGAAGAUCGUUAUUCUGGUCCGAGUUCUGGACCACACGAGAAUCAACAUCAAAAUCCUCUGGCAGGAAAUCGGGGCACCGGAAGCGGCGGAGGCGUUGGCGUUGGUGACGGGUCUGAAAACUUCCCCGGAAUGGAUGUUCCAGGUCCUUUUGGUGGAGCAUUCUCCGGAGCAUUCAGCAGCUCCCAGGCGUCCAGCUACCCAAAUUCGGGGGCGGCGUCGCAUACUGGCGCCGGAGGGCCGCAUAGUGGACUCGGACUGGCGAACAGUGGAAGCUGGGCGUCCAGUGGCGCCGGAAGUCACGCCGGAAGCGGUGCUUGGUCCUCCAGCAGUGCAUCCGCUUACGCGAGCAGCAACGCGGGCAGCUGGUCUGGCUCUGGGGCUCAUCCCAUCAAAGGAUAAUCGAAAGAGGGAAAGAUGAAGCUGCAGCGAGAACGAUACGAAAUGUUGCGUCAUCGACGCCGUGAAGUUCAGAAUUAGAUUCAAUACGUUUACAUGCCGUCAGUUGUUAUUUUUCGAUUUACACGAUUUUUUACCGAUAAUUUAUUUAAACUCCACGCGUCGUCGACGAUGCAAUCACGUGUAACAGGAUUGACUGUGUUUCUCGUAUACCCGGAAUCUCGCGGGUUUACCUUGUUAAUUAUCGUAGAAUUACCGGCGAUUCGUCGAAGAGAUUGCACUAUUAUUACACGGAGAUUACGAUCUCCGUGAGAUGUUCCAUGGAUAAUGAAUAAUGACAUAAGCGAUGAAUCAGCCGUGUUUCUAGACGGAUGUAAAGUGUAUCUUAUUAAACAACAAAACCAGUUAUGUA